AGAAGGAAGUGAAGAGAAAUGAAACAACAUUGAUAAACAGGCCAGGCCGAGCGAGGGCAAACUACGUUUACGUGCGUUUAGACCUUAAACUCAGUUAUUCAUUAAUGUGAAUGUUAAAUGCUCAGCUAAUUCGACUGAUACAUUAAAAUCAGCGCUGCUGUCGACACGGGGUGUUCUAGUUGAGAUCGGUAGAGGGAAACGGGAGAAUAUGUAGGAGUCAUUUCUCUCUUCCUGCACUCCUCCACUUGCCUCCGAGCGAGGAGAAACAGAAACCGCAGAAGAAACUGACUGAUCUGACAGCUGAUCAAACAGUUCGCGGCUGCUUCGCUCUCAUCGACGAUGGCGGAUAGCGUUGGGGAGGAGAAGGCCAACGGUUCGGUGGGGACGGUGCAGGGCCACGGAGCGCAGUUCUCCGCGAGUUUGGGUAAUUCUGUACCGGGGCAUUCAUCAGCGUCCCCCCCGCCUCUGGCAGAGACCGGCCUGUCCGUGGUCGCUCCCGGGAUCCCGCACACCAUCAGUCCGGCCGUGGAGAGCGGACUCGGUCUGCUGACCCAUGCGCUCGACUCCACGGUCCCCGGGGCCCUUCCUCCAUCCCUGCCGCCCGGUAUCGGAUCAGGAGUCCCGGCCGGAGCGGGCCUCCUAUCCCAAAUUCACGCCACCUCCUGGGAUCCCACGUUAAGCACCGACUGGGACAACGAGAAGGCGUCUCAGCAGUGUAUACUCCGGAUAAAAAGAGACAUCAUGUCCAUCUAUAAAGAACCUCCUCCGGGUAUGUUUGUGGUUCCUGAUCCUCACGACAUGACCAAGAUUCACGCCCUCAUCACCGGCCCCUUCGACACACCAUAUGAGGGUGGCUUCUUCCUCUUCCUGUUCCGCUGUCCCCCUGACUAUCCCAUCCACCCUCCACGCGUCAAACUAAUCACUACAGGGCACAACACCGUUCGUUUCAACCCCAACUUCUACCGCAACGGCAAAGUUUGCCUGAGCAUCCUCGGCACUUGGACUGGUCCAGCGUGGAGUCCCGCCCAGAGCAUCUCCUCUGUUCUCAUAUCCAUACAGUCCCUAAUGACAGAGAACCCUUACCACAAUGAGCCAGGCUUUGAGCAGGAAAGGCACCCAGGUGACAGCAAAAACUACAACGAGUGUAUCCGUCACGAGACCAUGCGAGUUGCUGUGUGCGAUAUGCUAGAGGGUAAAGUGCCGUGUCCCGAGGCCUUGUGGAGCGUGAUGGAGAAGUCCUUCCUGGAGUACUAUGAUUUCUAUGAGGGGGUCUGCAAAGAACGUCUGCACCUCCAAGGGCAGAACAUGCAGGAUCCUUUUGGGGAGAAGAGAGGUCGUUUUGACUACCAGGGUCUGUUGACCCGUCUCAGAGCCAUCCAGAGGCGAUUGCGGGAAAAGUGCCCGCCAGAGGACAACGACGGCGACUCUGACUCGGACACCAGCUCGUCCGGCACCGACCCGGACAGUCAAGGCAGCUCACAGCCUUAGAGUGCCCUCUAGGGGUGCAAAGCGAGCAAAGGUUAGAUCGUUUCCCUUUACCUGCAGCUCCGGACUCCUCAAGUGAGCACAGAUGCACGAAGAGCCGGAAAAAAAACCUGGAGAAUCUGCUCACGGAGAACAGAGAUUCUGUUUCUUCUGAUUGGUUAAUAUUUUUGCUCUUGCUCCUUGUGUGCUGGCCAAUGACUGCCUUUUGUUUUGCUGUAAAAAAAAAAUUUUCCCUGAUGGAGAAGAGGUUCAGGCAGGGCAGGAGGGGGAAUGAGGGCCUUGCAUAUAGAUGUAUGCGUGCGUGUGUACAUUUGUAAGUGACAGAGAUGUAUACGCCGGCUCCUCAGCAGGUCAACACAGCCUCUACCUUUCGAGUCCAUUUUUCUCUGUCUCUUGCUGCAUCCAUUGUAGAGCUAAACAGAAAAAAAAAGAAGUCGUAUGAAGACAAAUAAUUCAUCAUGAUAAUAAAAUCACUCUUUAAACAAACCAGUUUACUUGCAAAUGCACACAUUUCUUUUUUGUUCCACUGUUUCCUUAUAGUCUAAUCAAAAUGUUUGUUUUUCACUAAUGAAAUCAUUAAAAAAAAUAGUAUGAUCAUAAAUUGAGAUACAAAUUCUUAAUGAAUUGAACACCACACUUUAAGAGCAAGAAAAACGGAUGCAACUUUAAAGAAAUGUACAUAUGACUAUAUAGAGAACUUUUAUUUUAAUGUUCAAUGUUGUUAAAAUGCUAUUGAACUGGUUAAAGUAACAGCCUGCCAAGCACUCGUGGGAAAGGUUGCCUUUUGAGUGUCGGUUUCGUUUGGUGAACUUAAGUCUGUCUAAUUGUGAAGCUGUUGAGUGUCAAAAGAGACCUCUGUUCUGGGAAUAAUCCUGAAUAGACAGAAACAUACUUUUUCAUGCUUUUUGUUGUAAUUUCACAGCAGUUCCACCCCAGCCUCUGCUCAAAGUGUCCCUCGAUACUGCUACAACUGUCCUUCUCUUUACCGGGGAUACUGUGGUCACUUGUGUCAUCAUAUGCAACGGGAUGAAGCUGCCUAGUUCAGAUUUGGAGAAGAGGAAUUGGAUCAUAUUCAACCAUUUCUUGACACCAUGGUUCUAUCUAUGCUCCGAUUAGUUUUCAUGAGAGUGCACCGAAAUAUUUUGCAACAAUCUAUUGAAAUCCAUCCCUUUAAAUAGCAGGCAUAUAGUUUCCCACAGCAUGCUGAACGCAACCAAAAUGGCAGCCUUUACUUUUCUGUGUACAUGUAAAUUUAUAACGCGUUCUAUCCAUGGAAAAGCAGACUACAUUUAAGACCUAUACUGAGUGAUUAACCACACACACAAAAAAACUCCUUUAGCAAAGUUUUACUUUUUCAGUUGGGCCAAGUACAGUUCUGAGGUUUUUGCAUGUGCUAUCAUUCUGAUUUCUCUUGAGCGAGAGAAUAUAUUCUGGUCUAGGACAUCAUAUGUUGAUAAAACAGCACUGUUAGGUUGCUUGACUCUUAAGUCUAUGUGUCUCUUCUAGAACGCCCUGCAACAGGAAACAGUUCCUUAACUGUGAGUUUGACUUUGUGAUGUAUUAAUGCUUUUCCCUUGUUAGCGAAUUGAGAAUGAAUUAUGUAAAUAAUUAAUGUAUCAAUCAAUUGCAACUAUAAGGAAAAAUAUAUAUAAAAUUGAUUCUGAUUA